AAAAACAAAUCCUCAGAAUCAAAAUCAAAUCAAAAUUUUAGUAAAUUACCAUUUCCCACACAAUAAGAAAUACAUUAUAAGAUAAUUCAGAUAAAAAUAAAAUGCGAUCACUACCAUAUCUACUCCGCACACUCUCUCGCUACCAUCUGCAGGGUCAAACUCCCUCUCCUUCUUAUCUCACCUUCCUCCGCCGUUCCAUGGCCACAUCCGCCGCUGCCGAGCCCAUCAGUCCAUCCAACACCCGCUUGGGUUGGAUCGGGACUGGCGUAAUGGGUCGAUCCAUGUGCGCUCAUCUAAUCAACGCCGGAUACACUCUCACCGUCUUCAACCGAACCCUCUCCAAGGCCCAACCCCUCGUCGAAAUGGGCGCGCGCCUAGCCCAAACCCCACAUGACCUCGCUGCCCAAUCCGACGUUGUUUUCUCCGUCGUCGGCUACCCUACUGACGUCCGCCAAGUGCUCCUCAAUCCAACCAACGGAGCUCUCUCUGGCCUCCGCCCCGGCGGCGUACUUGUUGACAUGACGACAUCGGAACCUUCCCUCGCCGUCGAAAUAUCGGCGGCUGCCUUGUCCAAGAAUUGCUCCUCAAUCGACGCCCCCGUUUCCGGGGGCGAUCGUGGCGCCAAGAACGGAACCCUCGCGAUAUUCGCGGGUGGAGACGAAGCCAUCGUCCGCCGCUUAAAUCCCCUUUUUACGCUCAUGGGAAAGGUUAAUUACAUGGGGCCCAGCGGGAAAGGCCAAUUCGCGAAAUUAGCGAAUCAAAUCACCAUAGCGUCGACGAUGGUCGGAUUAGUAGAAGGAAUCGUUUACGCCCACAAAGCCGGACUCAAUGUGGCGUCGUUUUUGGAUGCGAUAUCGACGGGGGCAGCUGGCUCAAAAUCGUUGGAUUUGUAUGGGAGCAGGAUUUUGAAGAGGGAUUUCGAACCGGGUUUUUUCGUGAACCAUUUUGUUAAGGAUUUGGGAAUUUGUUUAAAGGAGUGUCAAAACAUGGGACUUGCUUUGCCUGGUUUGGCUUUGGCUCAACAGCUUUAUUUGUCGCUUAAGGCUCACGGGGAAGGGAAUUUGGGAACCCAAGCUCUGAUUUUGUCUUUGGAGAGGCUCAACAACGUGACCCUUGAUUCUUAAACCUGCUGUGCUGCGAUCAAUGCACUGAAUGGCCCUGGAAAAUUUUUCUGCACUUUCUUUCCUCAUCCUUAUUAAGUUGCCAGAGCUUGAGUUCGCAGAUGAUGCCUGUUAUUGUAAAAUUGGAAGUAAAUGGCUUGGAUGUUAAAGAUAAUUCAAUACUGCUGAAGCCUUGUAACACACUUGUGAAAAAGCAAUUGCUUUUGCAUUUAGGCCUUACCCUGGUGUAGUUCAAACUUCAGGUAGUCUUCUUCUUUAUACUCAGCUGCUAUGAUAUAAUAUCUAUAGAUAGUUUUCUUUGUUUCCUUA